AUGAGGGGCGACUGCCCGGUCCCCGUGCCCCAGUGCAGCCGCUACGCCCAGAGACUGAGAGCCCCGCGCGCCGUGCGCUUCCCCAACGAUGUUGUCUUCCAGGACCACAUCAGGGAGGGGGACCUGGAGCAGGUGGGCAGGUUCAUCCGUGCCAGGAAGGUGACCCUGGACACCAUCUAUCCCUCUGGCAUGGCAGCCCUUCACGAAGCCGUGCUGACGGGAAACCUGGACUGCGUCAAGCUCCUGGUCAGGUACGGCGCUGACAUCCACCAGAAGGACGAGCACGGGUGGACGCCCCUGCACAUGGCGUGCAGCGACGGCUACGCCAGCAUCGCUAGGUGA